CGGUGCAGGCGCAGAGGUGAGCAGGGAGGCAAUGGCGGAUUUCGGGCAGGUUGGCACCGAGGAAGUCGGCAGGGAUGUGGAGGUGCGGGGCCAGGAGCAGGGCGACGCGUCCCAGCCCAUCGCUUUAAAAUGCGAGAACACUCGCAUCAAACUGGUUCUGUACCACUGGUCGCAGUCUUUUUGUUCACAGAAAGUUCGUUUGGUUAUUGCAGAAAAGGGGCUAAAAUGUGAGGAGUAUGAUGUUAACUUACCACUAAGUGAGCACAAUGAACCAUGGUUUAUGCGUUUGAACCCAGCAGGAGAGGUACCUGUGUUAAUACAUGGAGACAACAUAAUCUGUGAAUCUGCUCAGAUCAUUGAUUACCUCGAGAGCAAAUUUGAAGAUGGUAAAGUUUAAGAAGUGUGUGUGUGCGCGCGCUUAAUUAAAUCUAAAGUAGAAUUUUAUUAAGAAAGCAUUUUCCCCAACCCUUCAGCUAUUCUUUUUCUUGAGCUCUAAAAACUUGGUGAAGCUGCAUUUUCUUUUAAAGGGUAUGAACAGUGUUUCUCAUUUUUCUUGCACUCAAACAGAAAACUUCAAUAGGUCAUACGAAUUGUGUGGCAGUCCAAUCCAAGCCCAUAGUGUCACAUCUAGUAGCAAGUGCAUUUCUUUUCCCUGUUCGUGCAGUGUGUGGCCACUGCAUAAUCCUGUCACAACCCUGGUGGGUUCUAGAGGUAAGUCAUUCUAUACAGAGUGAUGAUUAGCUCAAGUACUUAAUCUCUUGACGAGCUGAGGGAAUGCAGGAGUCCUGUUUCUUGUGUGACUCAGGAUAUGAGAAAAUGAAGAUUUUCUGGAAAAUAAGCUUAUAAUCACCACAAUACAUAUUAAUUACCGUUCCCUGCCAUUAAAUAAAAUACUGGAUCUCAAAGUUGAUGCCAGAACAAUGUGUACUUUGGCUUACGUUGGUGAUUUGUCUUGGUUUGGCUCAGCUUCCAAAGUUUCCUAGUGUGAGAGUAUUAGUAAUCCUGAUGCUGAAGCAGAAAUGAGGAACAGCACCCUCUGGUGUAUGUUUACAAAAAAGUCUCGUGGUAGCACUAUUGGUUUGAAAGCUGUGUGUACACUUCAUGCAUUUUUAUUAGGGACCACAUAGCAUCAUUCACUAUUUAAAGAAAAAUCUAUUUAGACAUGUUUCAUUGGGUGUAAUUUUAUGUGCUAAAAUAUAGUCCUGUUAUUCAUGAGUUAGAUUAUUACACAGCUAAUUGGGGACUAUUGGAUUAUUGAAAGUAUAGGUACUAUUGUGGGACCCACAAAUCAAUAGUCCCCCACUUACAUCUAUAUUUUUCUAAAGGAAGUAUUAUAACAACUGCAUAAAGCCAGGGGAUAAACCUUCUGACACAUUUGUUAUGUACAGAAUAAUCUAGUGGUUGAUAUUUUAACAUGGAAUAGUUUUUCUUCUUUCACCUGAUGCAAGGGAGAUAGGGUCCACUUUGCUAACCGUCACUAUGUAAAUUUGCCUGAUCUGGGAGAAAACAUACCCUGAGCAAUUGUAAGUAAUUUGGAAUGAAUAAUGUCUAGCAAAGUAACUACAGAACCUUCUGACUAAAUAAUCUAUGCUGGUCAAAUUGUUAGAGUUUCUGGUGUAAAUCAGCAUGUUGAAACAUCCAAGUAAAUUAAGACAGGCAACAGAGUUAGUGGAUUUGUUAAGAGGAGAUGAUUUCUGAUGAAUACUUUGAGGUAACAAAUGGUAACAUUUUUGUUGUAAUUUGUUUAUACUUUAAGUCUUUAGAUGAAAUAUCACAUGAUCUCAGUGAUUGGGAAGAUGUUGGAGUCAAUUGUUAAGGAUGAGGUUAUAGAGUAGUUGGUGACACUGGAUAAGAUAGGACGAAGUCAGCACGGUUUCUUUGAGAUAAAAUCUUGCUGGACAAACCUGUUGGAAUUCUUUGAGGAGAUUACACAGAGGAUAGAUAAAGGGGAUAUAGUGGAUAUAGUAUAUUUGGACUUUCAGAAGGCCUUUGACAAGGCGUCACACAUGAGGCUGCUUACCAAAUGAGCCCAUGGUAUUACAGGAAAGUUGCUAAUGUGGUUAGAGCAUUGGCUGAUCGGUAGGAAGCAACAAGUGGGAAUAAAAGGAUCCUUGUCUGGUUUGCUGCCAGUGACUAGUGGUGUUCCACAGGGGUCGGUGUUGGGACUGCUUUUUAUGCUAUAUAUCACUGAUUUCGAUGAUGGAAUAGAUGGCUUUGUUGCCAAGUUUGCAGAUGAUACCAAGAUCGCUGGAGGGGCAGAUAGUGUUGAGGAAAAAGGUAGGUUGCAGAAGGAUUUAGAUAGAUUAGAAGAAUGGACAAGAGAGUGGCAAAUGAAAUACAGUGUUGGAAAAUGCAUGGUCAUGCACUUUGGUAGUAGAAAUAAAUGUGCAGACUAUUUUCUAAAUGGGGAGAAAAUCCACAAAUCUGUGAUGCAAAGGGACUUGGAAGUCCUUUUGCAGAACACCCUAAAGGUUAACUUGCAGGUGGAGUUGGUGGUCAGGAAGGCAAAUGCAAUGUUAACAUUAAUUUCAAGAGGUCUAGAAUACAAGAGCAGGAUGUGAUGCUGAGGCUUUAUCAGGCACUGGCGAGGCUUCACCUUGAGUAUUGUGAACAGUUUUGGGUCCCUCAUCUUAGAAAAUACUUGCUGGCAUUGGAGGGGGUCCAAAGGAAUUUCACAGGGAUGAUUGCAGGAACUAAAGGGUUAUCAUAUGAGGAAUGUUUGCUCUGGGUCUGUACCCUCUGGAAUUUAGAAGGAUAAGGGGGUAUCUCAUUGAAAUCUUUUGAAUGUUGAAAGGCCUAGACAGAGAUGUGGAAAGGAUGUUUCCCAUGGUGGGGGAAUCUAGGACAUGAGGGCACAGCCUCAGGAUAGAGGGGAAUCCAUUUAAAACAGAGUUAUGGUGAAAUUUCUUUAGCCAUAGGAUAGUGAAUUUGUGGAAUUUAUUACCACAGGCAGCUGUGGAGGCCAGGUGGUUGAGUGUAUUUAAGGCAGAGCUUGAUAGGUUCUUGAUUGGACGUGGCAUCAAAGGUUACGGGGAGAAGGCCAGGAACUGGGGUUAAAGAGGAGAAAAAAGGAUCAUCCAUGAUUGAAUGGCAGAGCAGACUCAGUGGGCCAAAUAGCCUAAUUCUUCUCCUAUGUCUUAGGUUCUUAUCUGUAAAGUUGCUGUGGAAAUGAUCAAAUUGAAUGAGCUCAUAGGGAGAAAGUAAGUGUAAUACUCAAUGAGAAUUUUAGUGAUUAUAGGGCUAUAUAUAAUGUUCAUUUCUCGGUCCCUUGCUUUAAGUGAAAUACUAACAACUUGAACUUGACUGUAAAGAUGUUGCUUGCGUUUUGAUAAUCAUAAAGCUUAGUGUGGUGGACAGUGAAGCAGAAAGUUCUGGGCUGUAGUAAGAUGUCAAAGGAUUGAUUAGGUGGAGUGGAGAAUUGCAAUGAAGAACAAAUAAGGUGAAAAAUAACUCAUUAAAUGUAGAAUACUAAAGUAUAUAGAGAACUAAGAUUUUGGCAUGGAUGUUCCCAGGUGUUACUUGGCAAGUAAAAUAAGAUGGCUUCAGGGAUUUUUGAUCUUAAUAGGAUAGGUAUGGUAUAUAAAAGCAGGAAGCUCAUAUUAAGAUUGUCUAAACUCUAACCUCUGGCCAUUAUAACAGAAGCAUUUGAUCGAGAGGUUGCAGAGGUGUAUUACAAAGAUGUUGUCAGAAUUGGAAAAUUAUAAGAGUGCCGAGAUUGGAGUUUUCUUUGCGCCAAACAAGUGAGAUUUAACGGAUUACAAAAAAUUCUGAGAAGACAAAACAAGUUAGAAGGACCUACUUGGUUUAGCAAAGAGAAAUUAGGAGAAGCUAUUGUCCUAUGAGGCAAGAUGAAGCAGAUUCGACUGGUAUUCUACAGAGUUUAUCAAAUGAAUAGUCUCAUUAAAAUGUGCAAGAUUCUUACAGGGCCUGGCUUGGUCAAUGCAGAAAUAACAUUUUCCCUUGCUGAAGGUUGUAGAGUCAGUGUUUACAUUAUUAAAAUUAGGGGAAUUGUUCAUUCAUGGUUUACAGAAUUAUCUUUAUUCAGAACAGUAGAUGUUUAGAAUUCUGUUCUAAAGGACAGUAAGCACUCAGAUCAAUACAGUUUUGAAUAUUAAGGGAAUCAAGCAAGAUGGAAUGAAUUGAGGAAAGUAGAGCUGAGGUAAAAGUUUAGUUUUUACCUAAUUAAAUAGUGGUGCAGAUUUGAGAGACCAGUGGCAUACCCCAAUUAUUGCUUGUUAUGCUCAGUAACUAAGGAAUAUAAAUUGGCUACUGGAAGAAAUAAAGAUCUCUUAAAGGAAAUAAUGACCAGUCCUGUGGAUCUGGAAUUCACUGUGUUCAGAUGAAGGGUCUUGACUCGAGAUAUUUCCCUCCAAGAAUGCUGCCUGAGUUGCUUAGUUCCUCUAGUUCCUGUUCCUUGCACCAUAUUCCAGCAUCUGCAGUCUUUUGUGUCUUAUUUGGGAUUCACUGCCUGAAGGGACUAUAAAGCAGAAAUUUUUAAACGAAAAUUAUUAUCUGAAUGAGCACUUGAGUCAUGAUCUACAAGACCGGGGGAUGGGAAUAAUAGAAGUUGCUCAGUUGCACUUGAUGGAUUGAAUGGAUGCUUCCUGUGCCAUAGGUGUCAUGACAAGGCUUUGGAUUGGGCCUUUUGCCUUUAUUUGCCUUGUGCUGUGAAAUGUAUUUAAAGUCAGAAUAUUGAGAAAUUUAACUAUGAAACCAUUUGGGGCCCAUCACGCACUGACAUUAUAUCGUAAUGCAUUGGCCACAACUUCUGCACAAAUUUCAGGCACCAUGAUUACUAAUGCAUUCACUUUGAAAAAUGAACACCUUUGCCUUUGGUUCUCUACCUCUUUCCCUUUAUUCCAUCGUCUAUCAGAUUCUUCUUUCUUCAGCCCUUUACCUCUAACCUAUCACUUCCCAGCAUCUCACAUCGCUUCCUUGCACCCCCCCCCCCCCCCCGUCUUGCCCACCUGUCUUUCACCUCUCUCUGGACUCACCUACUACCUGCCAGCAUGCACUCCUCCCCCAACCCCUUCCAUUUUAAUUCUGGUUUCUGUUCUCGUGCUUUCUAGUCCCAAUAAAAGGUCUCGGCCGGAAAUAUUGACUGUUCAUUUCCCUUCAUAGAUGUUGCCUGAUAUGCUGAGUUUCCCUCUGCAUUUCGCAUGCUGUAGUUAUUUUUCUUCAGGCUGAGUACAUGUAUUAGAAGUGUCUUUUUAGUAUGUGUUUCUAGCAUAUUAUUCAUUUAACAUUUUUAGUUAAAAUUUGACAUCUUUGCAUUUUAUAUUUUAAGUUAAGGAUUCUUAGAUUCACUUUAUUAAUUUUGAACAAAUGUGCACAUUUUUCUUUUCGUUUACAGUUAUUCCUUUGUUACAUCAAAUCAUACUGAUUUUCAACUGUUAUAGACUUGUGUAGACUAGCAGUCACCACAGCUGGAAUGUUUCAGUUCUUGAGCAAACAUUCCUAAAUUGAUGCCAGAAGAAGGAAGUUUGUUCUUCCCAAGAGUACAACAUUAUAGAGAAUUGUUAGAUUCUCUUCCUGUGGAUGCCUACACACAUGGCUGUAUUCUUCACCCGGAAUUAACUCUGGAUUCCAUGCUUCCUGCAUAUGCAACCACGAGAAUUCGCAGCCAAAUUGCAAAUACAGAAUCUGAAUUAAAGAAACUUGCUCAGGAACACCCAGAAUUAAGUGAAGCAUAUUUAACAAAGCAAAAACAAAUAAAGUCUAAGAUACGGGAUCAUGAUAAUGUAAACUAUCUGAAAAAAAUAUUCUGUGAGCUGGAAAAUGUUCUAGACCAGGUGGAGACUGAGUUGCAGCGAAGGAUUGAAGAAACUCCGGAAGAAGGACAUCAGCCAUGGCUCUGUGGUGAAUCUUUCACACUUGCAGAUGUCUCACUCAGUGUAACAUUGCAUCGCCUGAAGUUCCUUGGACUUGCCCGAAAAUACUGGGGAAGUGGAAAUCGCCCAAAUUUAGAAUCUUAUUAUGAACGUGUGUUGCAACGAAGGACUUUUCGAAAGGUCUUGGGAAAUGUGAACAACAUUUUGCUUUCUGCAGUACUGCCUACGGCUUUCCGAGUUGCUAAAAAACGUGCUCCCUCCUUUUUGGGGGCUAGUUUUGUAGUAAGUCUGCUGGGGGGAUUAGGUUACUUAGCAUUCGUGUUCCUAAAAAAGAGACUAUCAUAGGUUUUCUCAGCAUGAAAUUACUAUGCAGCAAAACUUUCGCUGAGCUGUGAUGCUGCAAUCAUUGCACUUAGCAGACUAAGAUAGACUAAUCAAGGAACAUUGGAGUUAUGUUUGUGUAAAGGAAUUGCUGUCAUUUUAUUUAAUUAUUUUUAAAGAGUAAGUUUGUGAAACGUGGAAUCUGUGCACAAUGCAACUCAAUUGUAAACUUUUAAGAACUGUUAACAUUUGUUUUUUGCUCCAGGUAAUUGUGUGAAUAGAUUAUUCUGUUGCAAUGUUUAUAGAUUUUACACAUUCAUGGAUAAACUUCAAACUGCAGGCAAAUCAAAAGUUUGUAGCUUGUUACUUACACACUAUUUAAUGUCCAGCCAGUGUGUUGACCAGACUCUGUAGGUUCAAUGUCUAUUCUGCACAAUCAAGUUAAGGAUCAUGAGCAAUGUAUUGAUCUUUGUAGGAUGUGUUCUACCUUUUUCUGAAGUAUCAUUUUGGGCCUUCCUGCCUUAAUUAAAGAUUUUUUUGGUUAAAAAAA